ACGCAUCUUCAUAGAGCGACAUCUUUUGAGAUCCACAGACAGCGUUGGUGGCAUAGUGGCUUCAGCAUUUAAGGUAUAACUUAAUUGCAUUCAUAUUACUGAACUGUGGCAUAUGAAGCAGAUGAAAAUGGCUCACCUAUAGCCCCUAGACGAAUAGGAAUAAUUCACCAGCUCACCCAAUUUACACUUUGUCUGGUGUGCGAGGUAUUUGUUUCGCUUUGAGCUGUAGUCGAAAAACAUGGCAGAAGGUUCUUCACAAGCAUCUCGAGAUGCGAAAAAGUUAGAUGAACUUGUCUCCGAAAUAACAGUCCUUGAGAACUUGGUAGAGGAUUUGGAUAUUCCGCGGGAGGCAUUUAAGCAUUCAUUUUCCUUGAUUGAUGCAGAACUCACUAGACUUAACCCAAGUGUGCAGUCAUCAGUUAAUCUACACAUACCUGGUGUUCAAGUGAAGAAGCAGUCACCUCAGUGGAAAAGUGGUGGUGUUGCUCGGCUAUCAGCCACACUGUAUCUGCCUGUGAAGCAAUAUCCAAAUAAAAACUUGAUUGGACGCUUAAUAGGCAGAAAAGGUACAACAAUCAACAGAAUUCAGCGUGAAACCCUCUGUAGUAUCACUCUUAAGGGGCAUGGAGUAAGGAAACCAUUUGGUAGUAGUCAACCACAGAAACCUUCUUUUUUAAGUCUUUUUGGUAGACAGCUUGAUAGUGCUGAAGUGACUGAAGAAGGAGAUGAUGAAGAUCCUCAUGUGAUCAUUACCACAAGUUACAUAGGGGAAGAUGCUCACCGUCACCUCCUCCAAGCAGUCAUAGCUGUGAAGAAUGCAGUCUUACCAGAGUUUCCCCCAGAUGCAGACUGUUGGACCAGUAUGGCGCAAGCUACAGAUGAAGAAGAAAAAGAAGAAGAAGAUGGCACAGCAGAAACUUCUGUGGACUCCAAUACAGGGGGAAAUGAUUCUAGCUCGUCUAUGUUUCAUUUUAGUGAAGAUGUUAAGCAAGUGUCUACAAAAUUGUAUGAGAAUUGGAAGAAGAACAUUCUUUGUGAUGUCACCCUUGUUGUCGAAGGUUUGCGUAUUUCAGCCCACACCAUAGUCUUAGCUGCCAUGUCUCCAUAUUUUGAAGCCUUAUUUACUUCAGAGUUGUAUAACAAAAAUGAAGCAGAGAUAGACCUGCAUGGACUUGAUGCCCAGGCAGUGAAAAUUCUAGUUGAAUAUGCAUACACCAGAAAACUCAAGAUAGGUGCAGGCAAUGUUGAAAGUCUCCUAGCUGCUGCUUCCUUCCUGCAGCUCCACUCUCUGAAGGAGGCCUGUGCCCUGUUCAUGCAGAAUGAGCUGGGUCCCCACAAUUGCCUUGGUGUGCUGGAAUUUGCCAAACUCCAUGACUGUACAAGUCUGUACAAAGCUGCUGAGGAAAUCCUGCAGUCCAGGUGCCAGGAGGUGUUGCAGGAGGAAGAGUUUCUCGUCCAUGCCUCGGUGGACAGGAUGCGCCACCUUUUGGAGACUUAUUCUCACCAGAGUUGCCAAGUGAAACCAGAGAUCCUCCAUGCAGUGGUGCAGUGGAUAGAAUCAGAUAUGACAGACCAUAUACAGUAUACUCAGGAAUUUCUUACACUUGCAGGUAUCAAAGCAAUGACACCUAAGAGUCUGGAGGCUUUUUAUGAUGAUCACCCUUUGUUGGCAGCUACUGAAGUGUACCAGUCACUGGAUACUUCUCUUAGGGAUAUGCAUGCACAAGGACUAAGCACUAGGGACACUUCACAAAGCAAUGAAGUGAUAAACGCUGUAAUCCAAGGGGAGUGGUUUUCCAAUAGAAAGAUAUACGACAUCCAACCCAACUUGCGGAUUGGAAGUGCCACUUUCAGAAACAGUCCCACUUUCAGUAGUUUGUUUCCGGAUGUACAACACAAACCCUUGAAUUCCAGCAGGCUUCUGUCCACAUUUACCCUCCACAAUGACAACAUAUACUUUGCUGGGGGGACCAGAGACACUGAUACAUACAAGAACAAUUGGAAAGGGGCAUUUUGUAAGGAUCCUAAUUCCGGUCGGAGCCUCAGAAUACUCCAUGCAGGUGGUUCGGACAACAUAACACUGGAGCAGCCUAAAGUGGAUGCUGGGGCUGCUGUUUUGAAUGACAGAUUGUAUAUUGUUGGGGGUGCUUUACCAGUAAGUACUUGCCGCUCCUAUGGUUACCAUACCAAACGGGUGUUAUACAUGCCAGAAUUGGUGGAAGCUGUGGAUAUGAACUUGGGUCAGGUUCUCUCUGAUGUCCCAGCCUUGAUGACUCCCAGGAGCUGUGCCAGAGCUGCUGCAUUGAAUGGCAGGCUUUAUGUUGUUGGUGGAAGUCAGCUUCUUGUGGAGGAAAAUCCUGACACCACGGUUCAAAAAGGUAACAUGUCUCACAGGAGGGCUGUAUUUGCCGCCCCCACAGUUGUGACAGCAACAGCGAUGUCCCUGAACCAGGCUGAGGCUUAUGAUCCCAGGGAAGGCAAGUGGACAGCUGUCUCUUCCCUUGACAAGCCCCGACGUGGACACGGGCUCCUGAUGUACGAUGAGUGUUUGUUUGCAGCUGGAGGGUACGAUGAUCACAGAAUACUGAAUAGCGUGGAAUGCUAUGAACCUAGGAUGGAUAGAUGGAUGGCAGUUCCCAGUAUGAACUAUGAGAGACUAGGUGUAGCUUUGACCACAUACAAUAACCUGCUGUGUGCUGUGGGAGGCGUCCCAAGUGUGGAGUACUUCAGCGAUAGAGUGGGCAGCUGUAGUCCCAGGAAACUUGGAUUUCCUAGUCUUGAGCUCUAUGACCCAUGGACAAAGACUUGGACGAACUUGCACUGCUAUGAUCGGUUUGUAGAGACAUACAUAACUUCUGCCAUCAGUGCACACAAAGAAAUGAAACUGAAAACCAGGAAACCAGUGCCACCAGUUAAGAAAUCACCAGGUCCUUUCAGGAAUGGGAGAGAGACCAUAGACAUACCACAUCUAGACUUAUCUCGUGGAAGGUUUUUUAGCAGCAGAUACUCUGAUGAAUCAGAUUUUGAUUACGAGGAUGAAUACGAGUACUUGAUGAACAUGGCAGAUUUAGAUUACAACUCUGAUGAUCCUUAUAUAUUUUAAAAUGAUGCAGUCUGUGGCCAAUUUUUUAAAAGCCUGCAGGCCCUUAGAGAUACCAUUGUCAAGGAAUCAAUUGAUCAAAAGCAGAAAUAGUGGCUUGUAACUGAUAAUAUUCACACAAUUUUAUAUGCUCUGCUUAAAUUUUAAUGGCAUUUGACGUGGUAGACCAGUGUUAAUGUUGCAGACUGCUGAUGUAGGAGUCCGCGUAACAGAUGCAAGUGACUGGUUUGUUGGACUCUUGCAAAUGAUGGCACAUGUUGUCUUUGUCCAACUAGAACAAGAUGUAACCAUGGAUAGAUUUUUUUCAGAUAAAUUAAGUACUGCAGAUGAAGUAGGUGUAUUUGUUAAAGUUGUCUAUCAGGUAUUACUCCAACAACGUAGAUAUUUGUAGUAAAACGAAACAAUGUAGCCGUUGUUAAAGGGAAAGACAUUCCACAGCUGGUGGAAUUCGUAGUUUUAAACAGAAAGCUUACCUUAUAACUGAUGAUUGGUGUUUAAAGUUACAAAUGAUGGAAUGAUACUAGUAAAAAAGAAGAAUGUAAAGUUUAUCACAUUAAGAAGUAACAUUUUUUUCUUUUCAUUCAGGGAAACCAUCUGAAUGAUGGGGAAUUAUCAUAUUGCAAAGACAUUUAACAUUUUGUAGUGAUGUAUUCCAAAAUAAACCAGAAUUUGAGUGUCUUAUUACGUGUUUAAGUUUUGAAAAUGGGAUCCACUUUUUUCCAAGUCUACAAUUUUUAAUAAAUUGACAAAAUGGGUCAAUUUCUCGAUUUUAGACCACUGCUACCAAGAAAAAAAUUUAAUAGUUACACAAGAUGCUUUCUGUUUAUACUCUUCCUCUUAUAUUAGUUCACAAGCAUAGCAUGUGAACAAGGUUCCUGGAUCAGUUGAAGCAUAUAAAAGGUUUAAAAAACGAAAAAUUUAAAUCAUCCAUGACAUGACAACACUUUUGCUCAGCUAUAAAAAUUACAAGAGAUUGGUAUCUUUUCAUUUGGAUAUAAGUAAUUUAAAUGCAUGUUCACCUGGUUGCAAGGGUAAUGUCGUGAUCAAGACUUGCAAUCAAACAAAAAUUUCACUUUUAUAGAUAUAUUUACAGACCUUAUGCAGACUUCACAGAAGCAUGCCUCCAAUGAACAAAAAAAAAAAAAAAAAAAA